UCUUUUUUGUACGAAGAGUUCUGUCUAAUCAUUGGCAACAAGUCCGGGGUUUUUAAUAGAGAUAUUCCAUGGUAGAUUUGUAGAUUUGGAAGAGUAUGAGUUUUCACAUGAUACAUACCAUCCCCUCAACUUUGUACUCUACAACCAUGAAGAACAGAAUCACCCCAGUCAUCAAGAGCAUCCAAAAAACACUCCACGACAUUAUAAUAUGGCCCCUCAAAGGCUGUCGCAAUUCCAAUUCCGUCGACGAACACCGAAAGCAUAGCCAUCGAGGGGGAGCUAAAAAGCAUCACAAGCCUGAUGCAAUCGACGAGCAUCAAGACCCGGACCGUACGGCGGCAGAGUUACCGCAAGUUAUACCCCACCCCGACAAAGUCGAGCACAUACAAGAUCCUCAGAUGGCAACGGCCGCCGAACCAGGUUCCACCAUCCUCUCUUUAGCUAAGGAACAAAGCACUCCCGCACUCGACCACAUACCCUAUACCACUCCCUCUCGACAAGCUCGCCACCAUAAAGGGACGACGCAAACUGACGUACCAGAUUCUCUCAACGAUUUUUCAAGUAUCUAUCAAUUAUAUGCGUCGAAAACUGAUAGACCAAACUCUCUCAACGAUUUAUCAAAUAUCUAUCAAUUAUAUACGUCGAAAACUGAUGGAUCAGAGUCCCUCUACGAUCAUACAAGUGCCUAUCCAUUAUGUCCGUUAUAUGAUCCCGAGGACAUUAGAUUCCCGCGCCCAACGGGCCGAACACGGGCACCUACGGCCAAUCCCCCCGGGCCGCUUGAUAUCAAGUCGGCUGCUCAUCGACUGGAGGGUGAACUCACCGGGAUUGACCGCGGUGGGUAUCCCUACCGGGAUAAUUUGAAAACAGUGAGCAGGAAGCUCUUGGCGUUGGGGGCGAUGGGACGAUAGAGGUGAAGAAAGUGGAACAAACACAAAAAACAAAAAAACCCAAAAAAAAAUAGAUUUGCUUUUUUUUUUUUCUUGUAUAAAGAGUAAUGAUAAUGAAAAGUAGUUGAUCGUCUCAGAA